UUCAUCUUCCCCUCCUUCACUCGAAUGUUCUUCUCGUAGCAAUAAUCGCACACCCGGCGCAAUUUAGCAGAAGCUUCGUCUGCCAUGGCUUAUUACAGUUCUGCUGCUGCAUAUCUGGAUCAUCGCAACGAGCCUCACUUUCUCGAAUCGUGUUUUCUCUGCCGGAAACCACUUGGAUGCAACGCUGACAUCUUCAUGUACAGAGGGAAUACGCCGUUUUGUAGUAAAGAGUGUAGACAAGAGCAGAUGGAGAUCGAUGAGGCCAAGGAGAAGAGCUGGAAACGAUCCUCUGCUUCUUCUUCUUCUUCUCCUGGAUCCAUCAGAAAGGCAGAUCCGAAGAACAAAACUGUACGGACGGGGACAGUUGCAGUCGCUUAAAAAACACAAAAUCGCAUCCAAAUAUUCAUAAAUUUUUGAACAGAAAAAACCGAGGAAGAGAGAUCGGAUCCUCGCAUCAACGUCAGAUAAAAAAACGGAUUUAAAAAAGAAAGAAAGAGGCUCUGUAUCGGUUUUGGAAGAUAAAUCAAGAACUGAUGAUGGAUAUUUUCAUUCGGGGAUGGUGGUUUGUACAGAAACAGAGCCUCUUCGGUGGGGAUGAUGGUUUGUGUAAUAUUUUGUAAUCACGAUAUUUUGUAUUUUUUGUUUCAAUGAAUCCAUUCAAGGAAAGGAAAAUAAAAUCUUGAAGCAAUCAAGUAUUGAACAAAUGAAGUGUUUUUCAUUUUUUCA